ACUUUGAAAAACUUGUGAGAAGACAGGAGUAAGCUCUGGUUCGUUUUUAAAUGACGGUUUCGAGAAAAAAUAAAUAAAUACUGGAAUGGGUCAACAGCCCCACACAGUAUGUGCUGCCGUCAUGUGUUUCCAGGGGAUCAUAUAGGGGACGGACUUGUAAACAUUUCAGGCGUGGGUCUGCCAACCAGAAAUGCAGCCUUAUGCUGUGGCACUCGCGUAUAGCUCUGCUAUACAUGUGUUGGCAUGGGUUUAGGAAAUGUGAUAGCCUACUGAAACAGCACAUAGAAGCGCUGAUUGCUGCUUUAUUCCACCUGGUUUUUACUAGCUAAUGUUUACAUGUUAGGUAGCUAGCUAGUUCGCUUGUCAGACCAGUCUUUAGUGGAGAUAUGAAAUUACUCUUUCUAGCUUGCCUCAGCCCCAAAACAGGAAACUACACCACAGCUGAGAGAAUAAGGUCUCACAUUGAAUCAGCAGGACACACUUGUGAGCUCAGAGAUGCAGCAGACUUCCAGUCUCCUGCUGACGUGGCAAACCUGAUAUCUCAAAAUCCUCCAUUUGAGGGUGCACUGGCCAUUCAUCUGUUCAGGGCAGGCAGACUUCUCUUAGACAUCCACGUACCCUUUGGCGUUAUCUUUGGCGGAACAGAUAUAAAUGAAGAUGUGAAAGUUGAGCAGAAGCGUUUGGUUAUGGAGCAGGUGCUACUGAAAGCCAGGUUUGCGGUUGCAUUUACUGACAAACUUAAAGAAGAGGCAGAGUUAUUUUUGCUGUCCCAGAGCAGUAAAAUCUAUGUCCAGCCCCAAGGUAUCCAAACAGACGUGAGUGAGAAAUUCUGCUGGACUGAAUUCUUGAGGAGCUCAGGUGUAAGCAGGGAGCACGUGGAUGAGCUGCAUGUCUUCCUGUUGGUCUGUGGCCUCAGAAGAGUCAAGGAUCCCCUCUAUCUGGUCGAGGUUUUUUCAGAGUGGCAUUGUGAGAAUCCGCUGAACGUGUUGGUCAUUAUCGGGCCGAAGAUCGAUCCUGUAUUUACUGUUGAAGUGGAAGCUGUUGUUAAAAGAACAGCAGGGGUCUUCUUGGCCCAGGAGAGGAGCCAACAGGAACUCCAUGCUGCCAUGAAAAGGUGCUUCUCUGUGGUGAACAGCUCCGUCUCAGAGGGCAUGUCCGCCGCCAUUUUGGAGGCCAUGGAUCUCGGGGUACCCGUGUUGGCCAGGGACAUUCCAGGAAACGCGGCCCUAGUGCAGCAUGAGUUCACUGGCCUGCUGUACUCGUCUCCUCAGGAAUUUGUGCAUCAAUCUCAGAGGCUGUUGUCAGAUCAGGAGCUGAGAGAGAGAGUGGUGAGGAAUGGAAAACUCUACGUGGAAGAGCAUCACGGCCUGAAACAGGAGAGAGAAAUCUACCAGCAGCUGGUGGACACACUGCUCUGAGCGUAAUGUCACAGCGUUCAACCGCACUCUGUAUACUUUUUCAGGAACUGCCGGGCCAGACAGCAGGGCAUUACACCGUUGUAUUUACCUUGCAUAGGUAGAACUAUCACAGAUGUCUUUAUUCCCAGUAUUUUAAGAAAUGAGGCUACACAUAUACUGUACAAACUAUUCCAUGUUUUAUCUGCACUGCCAGAUUGAAAUUAUGCUGCAGAGCACUUUGAACCAAAGACCUAGAGUAGAAACGGCUGUUUGUCUGGUUAAUGUAUGAAUGAAUGCUAAAACAAAAAACUGUUCCUUUCCUUCCAAUCUGUAUGCUACCACAUUCAUUUUUUAUAAAGUGCAACGGUUGGGUUGCACACAUUCAAGGGCCCUGCAAGAACUCAAUUUGUUUAAAGGGCAGAGGGGCACAAAUGGUUCUUGUAAUUUGCCAUUACAAAGGUUAACUUUGGCAACACGCUGGAGCCACGGGCUGGUUAGGAAACCAUGAAAGUUCUGCCACGUUUUUGAUGUUGAACUGUAAAAUUGAGCAUUACACAAAAUAUACAGUAGAUAACAUCAAUAACUGACCUGCAUACUGCUACUAGAGAUUAUAUUCCUCUGGUAGGUGCUUAACAUAGAAAAUCAAGUUAAGAGGCAAUAUUUAAGUUCAUAGUGUUUUAAUGAAAAAAAUCAAAUGAAAAUUAAAUUAACUUAAAUUUACAAAGAAAGGGAUCUUGGAUAUUGCAUAAUAGAAAACACCCAUUUCAGCUAGAAUUAUGUUUAAUCAAAACAACAUUUUUGGUGAAACAGAUCUAUCGGACCUCUGUUGCUCUGUAGAGCUCUGUAUUAUAACUGGUAAUCAAUAUAUUGUUUUUGUUAUGUGGGA